AUGUACAUCCAUCUAUUCGCCAUUUUGAUUGGUAGUAAUCUUUUAUUACUGUCAACAUGUUUAAUAAUUCAUAAACAUCGUGUAAAAGAUAGCGAAGAAACGUGUCUCGACAAUUAUUUUCGAUCAAUAACUACAAAUUAUCUACGACCAUGCUAUAUAGAUAACUAUCGAGAUCGUUCUAUAUUUGUUUGGUUUACAAUCGAACAAUCACUCUUUCAUAUAUUUCGUGGAUAUCGUUUUGUAUUACGAUCUAUCGAUGAAAUAUCCCUAUCGACUAUUAAUGUACAUAUCCUAACUAAUUUUACGCAAUUAAUUGAUGCAAACAAUAGUCUACAUAUCUUAAAUCUUGAUCCUGGCCUAUAUGAAGUGUGUGUUGAUUUUCAAUCGUAUUCAACGUCUUAUAUUUAUUCGCCACGUAAUGGUUGUGUAUUUAUUCGUCGAACUGAAUUAUUAAAUAGUUCAUUUAAACAAAAUUCCACACAAUUAGUUAUGGCAUCAAUUGUUGGUAUUAUUCUUUUUCUAAUUGUUACUGUUUGCUUUCAACUGAUAAAAUUAUCUCGAAGAGAAAAAGACGAUUCCGAACAGCGAAUUAAACGAUCAAUGAUGCUUUCGUCAAAAAAACAACGUAAUCAUCUACUAAGAAAAUUAUUUCGUCGUCAUACAAACGAUCAACCUGAUAGUUCACGUUUACGACAAUGGAUACCUAAUCGAGUUUUUCGCAAGUAUUUUUCAAUUAAAAAACUGUCAAGACAAACCGAACAGAUUUCAACAAAGAAGAAAGUUAGUUCACAGAAAAAUCUUCCGUCACCAGUACCAACUUCGACGACAAAUGAUAUUUACACAAUUCCAAUGAACAGAUUUUCAUUUUAUUUAACUCCAUCAGAAGAAUUCGAAUUUAUUUAG